AUGUCACCCAUUACUCGUAGCAAAACAAGUCCAAGACGUUGGUUAUAUCCGGUAUUUCCAACUUUAGCAGAACUAGAUGAUGCUUUUCUAUUAGCUGUAUCGCGUAUACAACAAGAUGCUCAAAAAUUACUUGGUGCGGAAUUAACCGUACUAGAAAUCAGGCAAAAACUUUACAAUAGCCAGUCACAAGAAUUCUGGCUGGUUAAUAAUUUCGAUGCUUUACAAGAAGUUAUGUAUUAUAAAAUGAAAAAAAAUUUAUUUACAAAUUAUAAAGAUCAAUUAACGGCUGCUGGAAUAGAAGUUACAAAAAAAGUGGAUACAAUGCAAUUACUAAUUAAGACAAUUAUUGAUGAUAACAACAACAGCAGCAAUAAUCAAAUAGAUUCCACGGUUAGUGACAAUUACACAUACAAUAAUAACAAUGGCGAUGACGAUGGUGAUGGUGAUAAGAAUGGAAACAAUGACACCAUUGAAUUAAUUGGAGGAGAACAAUCUUAUACGGAGACACAUCAUAAAUUUCAAGAUUAUAUAAAAAAUUUUAUUUGUAAUAUUGAUUAUUCGUAUUUAAAAAGUUUAGGAACAAAAACAAAUCUAUUUGUUAUAAUAGUGUUGAUUAUAAUUUUUUUUAAUGAAUUUGGUGCAAAUUAUUAUUAUCAACAGUUUACUACUGGUCAUCAUCAACACAAAAUGUCAUUAAAUAAUGUUCAACUUCGUGACAAGGUAAAAGAACAAGUUAUAAAGUAUGCUGAGAAAGAGAUUUCAAAAAGAACUCACAAUUUAGCCAACAAUAAUAAACCCAAUGAUCUUAUUGGUUUAGUUAGAACACAAAUAUCUGAGAUUGUUCAUGGGUCAAGUACUGAUUAUGCUUUAUUUACAAGUGGUGCACAAAUUAUAAGUCAACUAACAUCAAGAGUUUAUGAAGAAUGGCCAAGAAAAAUGCACCAGAAACUAUGGGGUUAUUUAACACAUCAAAAUAUUAUAAAAAGUCGUGAACCAGAUGUAGUGUUAAAACCAAAUACCAAUGUUGGUGAGUGUUGGUGUUUCAAUGGUACAAAAGGUCAAAUUGCCAUAAAAUUAUCUAGAAAUAUUGUUUUCACUCAAUUGGCACUACAUCAUAUUGGCAAAAAUGUUUCAAUUGAUCCGAUCAGUUCUGUUCCUAAAGAUUUUGAAUUGUGGGGAUUACCUUCAGACAAUGAAGAAGAUGUUAAAAGAAAAAAAGAAAAUGAUUUCAGUAUAUUUUUAGGCCAAUAUCAAUAUGAUUUAAUGGGCAAACCAUUGCAAAUAUUUCAUUUGCCAAAAUCUAUUUCAAGAGUCAACAAUAAACGCAUUCAAGCUAUAAUGAUGAAGGUUUUGAAUAAUCAUGAGAACCCAAGAUUUACUUGUUUAUAUAGACUUCAAGUACAUGGAUUAUUUCCACAAUAA